GCUCGAGUGCCGCCGCUGGCUGCUGCUGGCAGUUUUACGCGAGGAACUCCCGAACUACUUCGGCAACCCGUUAUAACGGUCGACAUGGCGACCGAGGAAAUAAUCAAGCGUUUUCUUAAGAAAAUAUGAAGAUAGCCGAUACACAGUUUCAGGUUUCACACCAUGUGAUGAUCACCCGGGACGUGUGAACUUAUUUAAGAACUCCUGUGUUCAGAAGAUUUUUUGAUUCCAGUGGAAUCUUUCUUUCUUUUUUCCAUCUAUUAUUCCCUUUUUGUUAAAUGACACACCCAGUCGCACGCACACCCAAGAGAAACCCCCCCACCCUUGUUUACAUGUAGAACAACCUUGCUACGAUGCCUGUACAAGCUCCACAAUGGACAGAGUUUUUACUGUGCCCCAUAUGCACCCAGACGUUCGAGGAGACGGUGCGUCGGCCCAUCAGUCUGGGUUGCGGCCACACCGUUUGCAAGAUGUGCCUCAACAAGCUGCACCGCAAGGCUUGUCCCUUUGACCAGACGGCCAUCAAUACUGACAUCGAGCAGCUGCCCGUCAACUCGGCUCUUUUACAGCUGGUCGGGGGUCAGGUGUCCAAACAGCAACCUGUGGCGCUCAUUACGUGUCCAGAGGACACCAAGCAUUAUGAUGAGGCACGGCAGUGCGUUGAGGAGCUGGCCCUCUACCUCAAACCCCUCAGCAGUGCACGAGGAGUGGGGUUGAGUAAUGCUGCUCAGAGCAUGCUGAGCCGCCCCAUGCAGAGGAAGCUGGUGACUCUGGUGCACUGUCAGCUGGUGGAAGAGGAAGGACGGGUCAGGGCCAUGCGGGCGGCCCGUUCUCUGGGCGAAAGAACUGUUACUGAGCUCAUUUUGCAGCACCAAAACCCCCAGCAGCUCUCCUCCAACCUGUGGGCUGCUGUCAGAGCCAGAGGCUGCCAGUUCCUGGGCCCCGCCAUGCAGGAGGAGGCACUAAAGCUGGUGCUGUUGGCCUUGGAAGAUGGAUCCGCUCUUUCCAGGAAGGUUUUGGUCCUCUUUGUGGUCCAGAGACUAGAACCAAGAUUUCCUCAGGCCUCCAAAACCAGUAUUGGACAUGUAGUUCAGCUCCUCUACCGUGCCUCCUGCUUCAAGGUGACUAAGCGAGAUGAGGAUUCAUCGCUAAUGCAGUUGAAAGAGGAGUUCCGCACAUAUGAGGCACUUCGGAGGGAACACGACUCUCAGAUUGUUCAAAUCGCAAUGGAGGGAGGCCUCCGCAUCGCCCCCGAUCAGUGGUCUUCUCUGCUGUAUGGAGACCAGUCUCAUAAGUCUCACAUGCAGUCCAUCAUUGACAAGCUGCAGACCCCGGCGUCGUUUGCUCAGAGUGUGCAGGAGCUGACCAUCGCGCUGCAGAGGACGGGUGACCCUGCCAAUCUCAACCGGCUGAGACCUCACCUCGAAUUGCUUGCUAACAUUGACCCCAGUCCAGAUGCUCCUCCUCCUACCUGGGAGCAGCUGGAGAAGGGACUGGUGGCGGUAAAGACGGUGGUGCACGGCCUAGUGGACUUCAUCCAGAACCACAGCAAGAAGGGUGCCGACACGCAGCAGCCACCACAGCACAGCAAAUACAAGACGUACAUGUGCAGAGAUAUGAAGCAGAAAGGAGGCUGUCCUAGAGGAGCCAGCUGCACCUUCGCCCAUUCUCAGGAGGAGCUGGAAAAGUACCGUAAAAUGAACAAACGUCUUGCUGCACGAGUGCCCUGCACCCCUGGCCUGCUGCCUGAGGAGGAGGUCCCGCUGGAGCCUGGGCGAAAGGCCUCUACGUUUACAAACGGGGGCCCUCUUCCCCAGCUCAUCCCCAGAGGCACAGACCCCUCCACAUAUGACCUCUUACUCAAGCCCAAGAUGGACGCCACUAGCCUGAGUGCUCCUGGGUCGCCACCCGACUCUUUGGAUAAAUCUAGCUUGGCCCUGACACCCCACCCUGUGCCUCACCCCAGGGCGGAGCACUUACUCAUGCCCAAGCAGAUGCCAGUCAUGCCCAGAGGUGCGCCACAGAUGUAUCCACAACAGCAGCCCCAGCUCUUCUAUCCAGAGCCAGCCAGACCGCCUCCCUCAGGAUCUCAGUAUGAUGCUCAGUACCCAACAGGCAACCCCUACCCGUACCAACCUCCGCAGUAUGUCUCUCCCCGCUACAUCCGUAAUCCGCCUCCUCCGGGUGAGCCACCUUACCCAGAGUCCUACCCGGGAUACGGCCCAGAUCGCCAAUAUCCGAGCCACCACUCUGGUCCCCCUUUCUCAGCCCACACAUACGCACAGCCCUCCCAUUACAGUCGCAGGCACGGACACUAUCCCGCACCCCCACCUCCGUUUGCCCCGACCAGAGACGACUUGGUCAGGAUGAGCCCGGUUCCUUUGGACGUUCCCCCGGCCGCUAUGCCUCCACCUCCAGCAGGUCCUGCAGGUUCUCUGUACCACUCCCAGGAACCGUCAUCCAGAGACAGAUACCCACCGGACGGGUACUACACAGCUGGACCGCACUCCAGCCAAAUGAGGUCCCACAUAGGACAAUCCAAUUCACGUACCUCUAAAACGGGUUACCAGACCACUGGGCCUGUACAGGCCAUAGCAUCCUCACAGGCCUCGGGCUCCAAACACAUGACCAUGACAGCAGACUAUCCAUAUGGAAACCACAGCGGAUGGGGCGGAGCGUCUUACCCUCAGCACCAGAGCAUCAACUCUCAGGGACACUUCAGCGAGCGUGAAAAUACAAAACAUGAUUACUUCCUGUGUUUUGCCAGUCUGCCCGUGUCUGCCCCUGACCGCGAGCAGCUCAAGAUUGAGCUCCAGCAAGUCAACCAACAGAUCAGUCAGCAAACCCGCAGCAUGGAGGCUGCCAGUAACUCUAUGCUCCUGCAGAGGGAGGCGUGUGCGCUGGCGUCUCAGCCCGCGGCUGGAGUGAAGUGGUCUUCAGGUGGCACUGUGUCCAGUGAACAGCUCAGCCUGGAGCUUGAUCAUGUAGAGCUGGAGAUCAAGAAGAGAACCCGUGAAAUCGCCAUGGAGAAUCAGGUGGCCCAUGAAUACAAGCUGAAGGCCACAGAGAAUGGGCAGCCUGACCGUAAAGCCCAGCUGGAGGAACUCUCUUUAGCAUUGGGGUGA